AUUAUUAUAAUUAUGGCAAUUUAAUAUGAUAAAUCAGAUGAUGAGUUGUCUGAUAGCUUGUUGAUUGAUCUUAUAAUAUAAAUUAUAAUAUUAGAAAAAUUUACUAACCUAUAUAUAGGUUUUGACUGGGGUUGGGGGGGAGGUUUGAUAGAAGAGAGUUAGAAGAGGAUGGAGAAUACUCUUGGUGCUCCGGCGGAGGGCGAGAUGGCGGUGGCACCGACGUAUUGUGUCACCGGCGCCACCGGGUACAUAGGGUCUUGGUUGGUGAAGCUUCUUCUCGAAAGAGGUUAUAAGGUUCAUGCCACAGUCCGAAAUCCAGAGAAGGCUUUAUAUCUAUUGUCAUUAUGGACUGGAGGAGACCGGUUGAGAUUGUUCAAAGCUGAUUUGUUAGAAGAAGGGAGCUUUGAUGAGGCUGUCAAGGGCUGCAAUGGUGUUUUUCAUGUGGCAGCUUCGAUGGAAUUUGAUGUCAAUACGAAUGAGGAUAUUGAUACGUAUGUUAGAUCAAAUAUCAUUGAUCCUGCAAUCAAAGGCACUGAAAACCUCCUCAAAGCUUGCUUGAAAUCCAAGUCUGUGAAAAGGGUUGUUUUCACAUCCUCAAUCAGUACUAUCACUGCCAAAGACAGCAUUGGAAAUUGGAGACCUGUUGUUGAUGAAUCUUGCCUGACUACAAUUGAUCAUGUCUUGAAUGCAAAAGCAAGUGGAUGGGUUUAUGCCCUCUCCAAGCUUUUGACUGAGGAAGCAGCAUUCAAGUUUGCAAAUGAGAAUGGUAUUGAUCUUGUUUCUGUGAUAACGACAACUGUUGCUGGUCCUUUUCUCACAACCACUAUUCCCUCAAGCAUUCAUGUGCUCUUGUCACCAGUCACAGGUGAUCCAAAGUACUUCCAAAUACUGUCUGCUGUGAAUGCUAGAAUGGGGUCAGUUGCUUUAGUCCACAUAGAAGAUGUAUGCAGUGCCCACAUUUUUCUAAUGGAGCAAGCCAGAGCAGAAGGUAGAUUCAUAUGCUGUGUCUGCAGUUCUCCAAUGUCUGAACUGAUUAAUCGCUUCGCUCAAGAGUAUCCCAGCUCAAAUAUUCAGGGGUUGGAGGCAGAGAAAAAGGUUACAAAACGUCCUGAGAUUUCUUCGAAGAAGUUAAGAGAUUUAGGCUUCACUUACAAGCAUGGAAUAGAAGAUAUAAUUCAUCAAACAAUUACCACCUGUGUAGAUUAUGGAUUCCUACCCCCUACCAGAGGGUAGUGGCUUACUUCUGAAGAAAACUUCACCUGACCUGAAAUCCUUACAUUGCUAGGCAUAUGUUGUGUCCCCAGCAUCCUUGUAAUCAAAAUCCAUAGCAGUUAUUAAUGCUUCGAGAUAGAAUGCCAAACUUGCCCUAUGUUCUUAUGCCAAACUUAGGCUAACUUAUUGUCAAAAUGCCAGUUAAUUGAAGAUGCUAAGAGAUCAUAUGCAGCCUUAUGAAAGCCAAGCAGCCUAAAACACUACUUGCUGACUUGGGCCACAAGAAAUAAAGGCAGAUUUGUUUAUUUCUUGGAAUUAAUAAAGGCAUAAUUAUUGUAGCUUAUUGUCAACUACAAUGUAUGGCAAGAACUAUGAGAAUAAUUUCAGCAAUCAUUCAAAUUUUGUGGCAGAAUGUACAUAAUCAGGAUCUUUAAUGCAAAAGCUACUU